AUGCUCGCGCUCGAGCACAACCGCCAUCAACAAUUCGACCAACUCUACGACCUCGAGCAAAGCGUUCAAGCACCAUUCCCUGGCCUCACCAUGGACAUGUAUGAGUCCGCCGAAACGCUGAACAACUUCCACCCUCUCCCUUAUUCCUUCUUCGAGAACCCGUCCAUGUUCGCGACGGCUCCGAUGCAUUCCAUCAAGCAAGAGAUGCAUCAGUUCCAGGAUCUACCGCCCGCUUUAAUCUCCUCUGGCUCGGCACCGUCGAUCCCCAGCGCGUCGUCUUCCACUGUCGGCUCGCCAUACUCAGGUCCAGCUCAUAUGGUCCCGAGUCAGGACGGAUACGACCACGCGGUAGCUUCGUAUGGCCUGGGCGUGAUGCCGGCAAUAGUCAACCAUGAAGCUUUUUCGCAAGACUUUCUGGGAAACGCGAUGGAAGCUGAACUGUCACUGUCGAGCCAUGAAAAGCUUCCGGACAGUUUUGUGGAUCCCUCUUUGAUCCAUGCACCCAGAGCUUACGGCGACCACAUAUUCUCUGAGCAAGGCCAGUUCGCACCCAGCUUGCACUCGUAUACUUCACCUUCAGUAUCGCCAGCUCCAUCCCCGCGACCAUACGGCGUCUACCCCACCACGCAAUUUUCCGAUCCCCUUACGAACGCGAACUACUAUCAACAACAGCACCUAAUGAGCCGAAGGCCGUCUUUGGCAUCUUUUGUAUCAGGCGUAUCGCACCCCAGCCCGUCCUCACAUGUAGACGAGGAUGGUUCGGAGAAGGGCAGGUGUCCCCACCCUGAUUGUGGAAAGGUUUUCAAGGAUCUGAAGGCCCAUAUGUUGACUCACCAAGCCGAAAGGCCCGAGAAGUGCCCAAUUCUUACCUGCGAGUACAACCUGAAAGGCUUCGCUCGAAAAUACGACAAGAACCGACAUACAUUGACCCACUACAAAGGCACCAUGGUUUGCGGCUUCUGCCCUGGAUCGGGCUCCCCAGCGGAGAAGAGCUUUAACCGAGCAGAUGUCUUCAAGCGACACUUGACUUCGGUGCAUGGUGUGGAGCAGACCCCUCCAAACAGCCGAAAGCGAAGUCCCUCGGCCAACAACCGGAAACUCUCCAGCUACUGCCAAGACGCGACAGGCAAGUGUUCUACCUGCUCGGCAACCUUUAACAAUGCUCAAGACUUCUAUGAGCAUUUGGAUGACUGUGUGCUGCGCGUCGUCCAGCAAGAGGAACCCUCCGAAGCAGUCAAUGUCCAGCAUCUUUCUCAGAUCAACAACGACCAUGAGGUUCAAGAAACUCUCGACCGUCAUAUGAUCAAGACGGAGGACGCUCCCACCAGCUUUGAUGACGACGACGAAGAUGACGACGAAGAGGACGAUGAGGAUGAUGAGGACGAAGAUCCGUCGUUCAACAGCCGGUCCGGCAAGGGGGCUCUGAAAUCCAACAAGCACCCCGCCUCUGCGCGAGCCAUCAUUGGGGGGGGUAUCUCGAAACCAGGCAAGUCUUCGAAGAAAGGCAUGACUUGGUCAAAAGGUGGCGUCGCUCUCGUCGGCAAAGGCCGCAAGAAGAGAAAGCACUAUCCCCCUUCGUGGGGCAUGUCGGCGGAGAAGAUGCGAAUGAAGAAGCGCGUGCUCUGCGUCUACGAUGGCCAGCGGCGCCUAUGGAAAGAUGACAUGAUGCUCCACAACGAAUUUGAAGUCCGAAUGACCCUGCCGGAUGGCAAGAACUAUGUCACCGACCUCGACGUGGAGACUCUCAAGCGAGCGGAGGCCUUCCACAAUGCCGCCCCCGAGGAGAGAGGACAUUGGAUCCCGGCAACCGAGGACGAGGGCCACACCUUUGACCUCAACGCCCUUAUGGCAUGA